AUGGCGACGACGAGUGUGGAUGUUGAUAUUGAGGAAGCCCCAUCCUCAUUCAAAUCAGAGGUGUGGCGGCAUUUUGGCUUUCCGAAGACUAAAAAUGACAGUGGUGAUGUGGUAGACAAAAGAAAAACUGUGUGCAAACACUGCAAGAAGACGUUUACAUACAUUAACAGCACAACGAAUAUGAUGCAGCACAUAAACCGUCACCACAGUGAAAAGCUCCAGUCACAGCCGUCUGUACACAAAAAGCUAUUAAUAGGCCAAACCACACUGACCGGAGGAUUUGCAGCCCCACUCGCUCCGACGAGUGCGAGAGCUGCGGAGAUCACACGGUGCAUCGGUGUUUUCAUGGGAAAAGACAUGAGGCCAUUUUCUGUAGUAGAAAAUGAAGGAUUUCGGCUACUGCUGAACACACUGGAACCCAGAUACCAAAUCCCAUCACGCCCCCACUUUAGCCAGACUGUCAUGCCAACGCUUUACAGAGAAACAAAAUCUAAGGUGGUUGAGGUACUCAGAAAGGCAGACAGCGUGUCAAUUACAACCGACAGCUGGACCUCCAGGGCUACCCAGGGUUAUCUUACGGUCACAGCCCAUGUGAUAACCAGCGAGUGGGAGAUGGACAAUUUUGUCCUUCAAACUCGCCCUCUGUUUGAAACACACACCGGGGCUAAUAUUGCUGAAGUUUUAAAAUCAGCUGUGAGUGAAUGGGGGCUUCAAAAGGCUAGUCGUGGAAUUGCUGUUGUGACAGACAACGCGAGAAAUAUGGAUGUUGCUGUCAGAGAGGCUGGGCUAGCCCCCCAUGUCAGGUGUUUUGCCCACACUUUAAACUUGGCCAGCCAAGCGGGUUUGAGUGUGCCACGAGUGAGCCAUUUGUUGGGCAGAAUAAGGCGCAUUGUUGCCUUCUUUCACAGAAGCGCCACGGCCACAGCCGCGCUCGUGGCCAAACAGAUACUGCUGGAGCUUCCAGCGCACAAGUUAAUCAUCGAUGUCACUACGCGCUGGAACAGCAGUCUGGAUAUGAUAGAACGCUAUCUCGAACAGCAAGCGGCUGUGACAGCGACUCUCCUGAGCAACGACGUACGGCGAAAUGUACGUGACAUUGAUACUUUGGAUGGCUCAGACAUCCGUGAUGCGGAGGACAUAGUGAGGCUUCUUAAGCCACUAAAAACGGCUACCACUGUGCUGUGUGACGAAAAAAACCCAACGGUGUCUCUCAUUGUGCCCUUAAAGCAUAUGAUCGAGCAAAACAUGGCAUCCAACGAAGAAGACUCCCUAACCGUGAGUAACAUCAAGAGAGCUAUACUGAACAACCUUUCAAACAGAUACACUUUAGAGUACAGCCACCUGCUGGAGUGCACUGUCUUAGACCCCAGAUUCCGGGCUCUGCCACAUCUAGAGAAAAACCAGCGUGAAGAUGUAUUCCACAGACUGAAAGAGAAAGCGGUGUUGUUGCAGAACCAGGAUGAGGGUGAAGAAGGUGCCAGUGGCCACCCCCCUGCAUCACAGGAGCCUCUUGGCCUCUUGACAGAUAGCGCAGGAGCUGAGCAGAAACAACCUCCUCCCAAGAAAACUGCACUGGAAGAUUUUGUCCAAAAGCGCGAGGACAACAAAACCAUCCUCACUGCUUGA